AUGAAAGAAAGGAAUAAGCUAGCAGAUCUCUUUACCUCAAUUUAUAGUCUGUGGAGAAACUCCGCGGGCAAGAGUUCGACCCUGGAAGUUGUUACUGGAUUUCCCUUUCCACGACAAGAUGGCCUGUAUACUGCGCUCAUGAUCAAUGUGUCCCUCAUUCCGCACUCAUCUCGCAGCCAGGAACGGAAAGAUCAAAUCUCGUCUUUCAACAGAGCACUCAAUUCGUUCUCAGAUCUUCCCGACGUUAUCGCAGCGGCGGGAGCAGUCUUGGGACUCAGUAGAAUCUCCGAUCAUGACGCUGGCCCGACAUUUGCACAAGAUGUGCUCCAAAUACGGGUUAAUGGACCGACGGGCUUGCAUUUGAGCGCCGUCGACCUACAGGGGAUCAUCCAGGUUCGAAGCGAAGAGCAGGCAGAUUCGGAUAUUGCGGCAGUACAUAGCCUCGUGGACUCAUAUAUGGCGAAUGGCCGAUCUAUCAUUCUUGCCGUAGUCUAUCUAAGCCGGAAAAAAAAUGCUAAUCAGCCCGUGAUGAGCAAGUGCAAGAAAUUUGACCCUUCGGGGGAACGCACGAUCGGGGUUAUCACGAAGCCGGACUUGAUCAACGACGGUGCUAAGGCUUGUAUCGCCCAACUUUCAAGGAAUGAAGAUACUACGAAGUUAGGGCUGGGGUUCUUUUUGCUCAAAAACCCUUCGCCGAAAGAGACACAACAGGCCCUGUCACUUGCGAUUCGAGAAGCCAUUGAACGUGACUUUUCAACCGCAGAACCGUGGAGUCGACAAGAUCUUAAUCCGUCGCGUCUUGGUAUCAACCAUCUAAGACGAUUUCUUCAGGAGCUCCUGGACAAACAUAUUGAAAGGGAGCUGCCCAAAGAAAAUUACAGCGACUUUGGAUUUCUCGGCACAUCAAGCGAUUCGGUCCCACUGACGCGAUUGAGAGCGAUUGUACAUGCCUCCAAUACGAUAUACUCGGAGAUGAUGAGGUCUAAAGGCGAACAGCGAAAAGUUGUGUCUUCAAUGGAAGCUGUCGAGAACGAAGACGCAUAUACAGACAGUGACGUGGACGAUGUCAGUGGUCAGCUCCUUGUCUCCGAGCGCGAAAUGAAAGCAUGGGUGAAGAAAGUCUACUUGAGUACUCGUGGCCGCCAGCUGCCCGGAGACUUUAACCAUGUCUUUCUGGCGGAACUGUUUCAUCUUCAGUCAAGUCGCUGGCUCGAGCUGACUCGUGGACAUUUGUCGAGUCUACACGAGUCGAUCGAGACUUUCAUGGACAUUGUGAUAUCUCAUAUUGCAGAAGAAAGUCACACCCGCAGCUCCCUUCGUCCAACAUACAACCACUACUAUACAGACAACAUCCAGAGGGCGCGCAAUGAUGCAGCUCGUAAGGCUUUAAAGAGAGCUAUGGACCAGACAACCGCAGAGGACUACGGCGGAAGGAUGCAUAUCAGUAACAGCAACAAAGAACUUCAGCGACUUCUCGCGUCUCUUCAAAGCCGGAUGGUGGUUAACAUGGACGAUCAAGCAUGUAAUGAAGCCCGUGAUGCACUGGAGGCAUAUUACAAGGUGGCACGCAAAAGAUUCUUCGAUAACGUUUGCCGGCAGGUCGUGGAGCGGCAUCUCAUAAGGAACCUAUGUUACGCGUUUUCGCCGGAGAAACUAGCUGGCUAUACAGACGACGAUCUCUAUGCGAUCGCCGGAGAGUUCAACGAAUGUGUGGAGAAGAGAGAGCGUCUGAAGCAGCUGAGUGCUGCGUUGAAAGAAGUGCUUGCCGAGCUUGUGCCUACCUUGAAGAGCUUGGAUCGAGAUUGGAUUAGAGAGAUGACAUAUGGCUUGACGGCAUGGAGUACAACCACACUGUGUGAGAAUCGCGUUUUACCAAUGAACUGA